AUGGAGUUUUCACAACAACAUAUUCAAACAAUUAAUCGAAAAAUUUAUGAUUUUACAAGUCUUCUCAUAUUUUUAAACAUCACAGACCAAAAAAAUAAUCAACUCAACUUGAAGCUGAAUGGUAACAGAGAAUUUUCGCAAAAUAUUAGAAACAUAUUAAUAAUUAAUCAUCCAAUAUUGCUUAAAAAAGGUGAAGAAAUUAGCACACUGUUAGGUGGUUUGGCAAAUUUUUAUGGAAGUUCACUUCGAACAGAUAGAACUAGCAUAAAGGAGGUUUCAACCAACUUUUUAACACAAACGUUAGCUGAAGAAUGUGUACAAAAGAUCCCAUCAGGCUAA